GCCAGCGAGUGCUUCGUCCCCGAGGCGCAGGUCGCCCAAAGCCCCGACGCACAGGGAGGUGCCCACAAGGUCUCCAAGGAGAGCGGCCACCAGGUACACUGGACCAAAGAAGAGAAUUAUAUGUUCAAGCUAUCUGAAUUCAGACAACCAUUGCAGAAAUGGCUCCAUGGUGACAAGAAUGCAAUUUCCCCUGAGCCUUUCUACCACAGUGUGCUGCAGUGGCUGGAAGAUGACUUGCUAGACCUCUCUGUUUCCCGUAACAGGAGUCGAUUACAGUGGGGUAUUCCGGUCCCGGAUGAUUCAACACAAACCAUUUAUGUGUGGUUAGAUGCCUUGGUAAACUACCUGACUGUAUUGGGUUAUCCUGACGCACAUAAUGCCUGGUGGCCUGCUGUGCACCACGUUGUGGGCAAGGACAUUCUCAAGUUCCAUGCCAUCUACUGGCCAGCAUUACUGAUGGCAGUGGGACUGGACCCACCAGAACGGAUAUAUGUGCACUCCCACUGGACAGUCCAUGGGCAGAAGAUGUCCAAAAGCCUAGGUAAUGUGGUGGACCCACUGGCCUGCUUCAGGCAGUAUACAAUAGAUGGUUUUAGGUACUUCCUGCUAAGGCAAGGUGUCCCUGAGCGAGACUGUGACUAUUAUGACAAAAAGGUUAUUAAGAUUGUGAAUUCAGAGCUGGCAGAUGCCCUUGGGGGGCUUCUGAAUCGCUGUACAGCUCCCAGCAUAAACCCCAGUGGGAUUUACCCACCUUUUUCAGAGUCAUAUUUUCCAAGGAGCUCUGACCAAGUUGGGGCAGAAGCCUUGGGUAGAGCUUUGAGGGAGGACUAUGAGCUGGUGACAUCAGUAACACUCCUGCCUCUCAAAGUGACAAACUAUUUUGAGAACAUUCAAAUAUACAAGGCUUUGGAAUCCAUCACUGCAUGUGUGAGGCAAACCAAUGGCUUCUUCCAGAGACACACGCCUUGGAAACUGUGCCAAAAGAACCCUGCUGAGAAGUGCUGGCUCAACACUAUCCUCCACGUCACUCUUGAAUGUCUUCGGGUUUAUGGAACUCUCUUGCAGCCAGUGAUCCCAGCCACUGCAGACAAGUUACUGUCCAGGCUGGCUAUUGCUCCCGAGGAAAGGUCUCUUAGAGAUCUGACCUUUCUGCCUCGCUACCAUGGGAAGCCAUGUCCCUUUGAAGGAAGAGGACUUGGACCUGACACUGGCGUUUUAUUUCAGAAGUUAGAAAAGCUGAGGUGUCAGGUGGAAACCAAGAGAUCUCAGACCUCAAAAAAUAGCAGCUGUGAAUAAAACGUUCAGGAAGCGCUUUCUUGAAAUGCUUUCUUUUCCACUAAUAUUUUAAAAUGUUUCCAGGGGUUGUGCCAAGAGGUUGGGAUGUUGCAGGGCUUUAUGUAGUCUCCUCCUUAGAGAAUUAACUAGUAUGGCCUUGCUGAAGUGGGAAGAUGGCAACAGAAAGCUGGAAGUAUAAGUUGGGCCAGGUGUCUUCCUGAGGUUAUGUGGUAAAAAUAUGUUAUAAUCUAGUCGUCAUGAUUUUGCAAUAACGUUUGUAUAGCAGCUGUGUGAUAAAAAUGUCUCAUCUCACUACACAAAGGCUUCACAGCUGAGAACUGUUUGGCUUU